UGGCCCAAGAAGAAGAGUGAAACUUCUUCUUCUUCUUCUGUUGUCCGCUUUGUGAAUGGUACGGGUUCUUGUUCUUGGGAAAGACAGUGACAAACGGAGGAGGAAGUGGACAUCGGGCCUCUUUUCACCUCGCUUUCCUGAUUUGGGAAACUCUCAGUAGUGACUCUCCUGGAGAGAAACUCUCCAGGUUCAGGAAAGCGAUUUGUAUUUGGGGAAACGAACGCAUAGACGUGGUUCGUUUCGUUUCUGAGUCGGAGUGCAGUAUCAUUCGUUCUUUGUUUCUAAAUUUAGAAUUUUCGGCCCGGUAGUGGAAAAUGGACGGCAUGGAGAGAGGUUGGAGCAGGGGAAGGAGCCUAGGCAGGAGUCUGAGCAGGGGCUUCAGAGGGUGGGGCACGGAGGACUCGUUCAGGUCGUCGCGGCGAGUUCGGAGCGCCGAGACCGACGAGGAGGCGCUGCGAUGGGCGGCGCUUGAGAAGCUGCCGACCUACGAUCGCCUACGAACUAGCAUCCUCAAGUCGUUCGCGGAGGGAGGGGAGGAGCAGCAACAGGGCCAGAGGGAGAAGCUUGUUCACAAGGAGGUGGAUGUACGGAAGCUGGGCGCGGCAGAGAGGCAGGAUUUCAUUGAAAGGCUCUUCAGGGUGGCUGAGGAGGACAAUGAAAUAUUCCUCAGGAAGUUCAGAAACAGAAUCGAUAGAGUUGGAAUUCAACUUCCAACGGUGGAGGUUCGUUUCGAGCAUCUAACGGUACAAGCAGAGUGCCAUGUGGGAACCAGAGCCCUUCCUACUCUCUGGAAUACUACAAUGAACGUUGCGGAGACCAUUCUAGGAUCUGUUGGGAUCAAUUUUUCCAAGACAACCACCUUGACCAUACUCAAGGACGUCUCAGGCAUCAUCAGGCCCUCAAGGAUGACACUUCUCCUGGGUCCACCAUCCUCAGGAAAGACUUCUCUUUUGCUGGCACUCGCUGGGAAGCUUGAUUCAAGCUUGAAGGUAAAAGGAGAGGUAACGUACAACGGUUACAAAUUGAAGGAGUUUGUUCCUCAGAAGACCUCUGCUUACAUAAGCCAGUAUGACAUUCACAUUGGCGAGAUGACUGUCAAGGAAACCCUGGAUUUCUCUGCAAGAUGUCAAGGGGUUGGAUGCAGAUACGACCUUCUUUCUGAAUUGGCAUCGAGGGAGAAGCAGGCAGGAAUAUUUCCUGAAUCAGAUCUGGACCUCUUCAUGAAGGCCACUGCGAUUAAAGGGGUGGAGAGCUCCCUUCAAACAGACUACACCAUAAAAAUUCUUGGAUUGGAGAUCUGCAGAGACAUUCUGGUCGGAGAUGCCAUGCACAGAGGAAUUUCCGGUGGGCAGAAGAAAAGAGUUACUACUGGUGAGAUGAUUGUUGGACCAACAAAGACUUUGUUCAUGGAUGAGAUAUCGACGGGCUUGGACAGCUCUACCACAUACCAGAUAGUGAAAUGCUUGCAACAGAUUGUUCAUCUUACAGAGGGCACAGUAUUAAUGUCGCUCCUCCAGCCUGCACCUGAAACAUUUGAGCUAUUCGACGAUGUAAUUUUGCUCUCGGAGGGGCAGAUCGUCUAUCAGGGGCCACGAACUCAUGUUUUGGAGUUCUUUGGGAGCUGCGGAUUCAAAUGUCCUGAUAGGAAAGGAACUGCAGACUUUCUGCAAGAGGUUACUUCUAAGAAAGAUCAGGAGCAAUACUGGGCAAACAAGCAGAAACCGUAUCGAUAUGUCUCCGUAUCUGAAUUUGUUCAACGUUUCAAGAAGUUCCGUGUUGGCCAACUCCUAGACGAUGAACUUUCUGUGCCCUAUGAUCGAGACAGGUGCCACAAAGCGGCUCUAGUCUUCACCAAGGACUCUGUCCCGAGAUGGGACUUGUUCAAAGCUUCAUUUGCUAAAGAAUGGCUCUUGAUCAAGCGCAACUCUUUUGUGUACAUCUUCAAGACCGUUCAGAUUGUUAUCAUCGCGUUGGUUGGAGGGACAGUUUUUCUGAGGACCAAUAUGCACACGAAAACUGAGGCUGAUGCUGGUGUAUAUGUUGGUGCCCUGAUCUUCUCUGUCAUCAUCAAUAUGUUCAACGGGUUGGCAGAGCUACCUAUGACCAUCAUAAGACUUCCUGUCUUCUUCAAGCAGAGGGACCUCCUCUUUUACCCUGCUUGGAUAUUUACUGUUCCCAACAUGCUCCUGAAAAUCCCUAUUUCCUUAUUUGAGACGACUGCUUGGAUGGGGGUGACAUACUACACAAUUGGCUUUGCGCCAGAAGCCAGCAGGUUUUUCAAGCAGUUCCUGCUCAUAUUUAUGCUGCAACAGAUGGCCUCUGGACUGUUUCGACUCAUUGCAGGGGUUUGCCGGACAAUGAUCCUGGCUGACACUGGAGGAGCACUGGUUCUUCUUCUCAUCUUCUUGGUUGGGGGCUUCACAAUUCCUCAUGGAAAGAUUCCUGGUUGGUGGAUUUGGGGUUACUGGUCCUCUCCACUUACCUAUGCGUAUAAUGCGAUUACAGUAAAUGAAUUCUUUGCUCCGAGAUGGAUGAACCAAAAGGCCGCAGAUGACGUUAGGAGCUUAGGAAUUGCAGUACUUAACAAUAUCGAUGUGUUCGCAGCAAAGAACUGGUACUGGAUAGGAGUAGCUGCAUUGGCAGCAUUUGCUGUCGUUUUCAACGUCCUGUUCACUUUGGCUCUCCAGUAUCUUAAACCCCUGGGAAAGCCACAAGCUGUGAUAUCUGAAGAACAAGUUGCAAUGAUGGAGAUCGAGAAUGAAGAAUCCAUGGAUAGAGUUGGAGCGAGAUCAUCAACGUCCUGGACCGCCAACGAUGACUCUUUUCGACGAUCACUUUCAAAAUCUGAUGGAAACAAUACCAGAGAAAUUACCAUGACAGGAAUAAGCAGCGCGGCCAACGGCUUUAACCGAAACGCAGAUUCCGUUCUGGAAGCAUCAACUGGAGUGCCGCCAAAGAAAGGAAUGGUUCUUCCUUUCUUACCUCUAUCCAUGUCUUUCAAGGAUGUCAACUACUACGUCGACAUGCCCCCGGAAAUGAAAGAGCAAGGAAUAAUAGAAGACAAAUUGCAGUUGCUAAGAGAAGUAACUGGUGCAUUCAGGCCUGGAGUCCUCACUGCGCUGAUGGGAGUGAGUGGAGCGGGGAAGACAACACUGAUGGAUGUCCUUGCUGGCAGGAAAACAGGAGGAUAUAUUGAAGGUGACAUAAGAAUUUCUGGAUACCCCAAGAACCAGGGGACUUUUGCGAGAAUUUCUGGCUAUUGUGAGCAGACAGACAUCCAUUCACCCCAAGUCACUGUUAAGGAAUCUUUGAUCUACUCUGCCUUUCUCCGUUUGCCUCCAGAAGUCGGUGAUAACGAAAAAAUGGCGUUUGUGAAUGAAGUAAUGGAACUGGUAGAGCUGGAAAAUCUGAAAGAUGCCCUGGUCGGGGUACCUGGUGUCACUGGAUUAUCGACAGAACAACGAAAGCGUUUAACCAUUGCUGUUGAGCUAGUUGCUAAUCCUUCAAUCAUCUUCAUGGAUGAGCCAACUUCAGGUUUAGACGCCAGAGCUGCUGCAAUUGUCAUGAGAACUGUAAGGAACACAGUUGAUACAGGAAGAACAGUUGUCUGUACCAUCCAUCAACCCAGUAUUGAUAUUUUUGAAGCUUUUGAUGAGUUGCUACUGAUGAAGAGAGGAGGGCAGGUAAUCUAUGCAGGACCACUAGGCACAAACUCUCAGAAGAUCAUCGAGUAUUUUGAGGAGAUUCCUGGCGUACCAAAAAUAAAAGACAAAUACAAUCCAGCCACCUGGAUGCUAGAAGCUACGUCAAUUGCUGCUGAAGUUCGUCUUCAAAUGGAUUUUGCUGAAUAUUACAGAUCAUCAUCUCUGUGCCAGCGUACUAAUUCUCUAGUGAAAGAACUGAGUGUUCCUUCAGAGGGAUCAAAAGAUCUAUAUUUCCCAAGACAAUACUCACAGUCAAACACUGGGCAGUUUAAGACAUGCUUGUGGAAGCUAUGGUUGACAUACUGGAGGAGCCCGGAGUACAACUUCGUUAGAUAUGUUUAUGCUCUUGUUGCUGCCCUGCUACUUGGUACCAUCUUCUGGGGUGUCGGGAAGGAUAGAAAGACCUCAAAUGAUCUGUUUAUCAUAAUUGGAGCUAUGUCCGGGGCAGUGCUUUUUGUUGGUAUCAAUAACAGCUCCUCUGUGCAACCUGUCAUUGAUGUAGAGCGGACUGUGUUUUACAGAGAAAGAGCUGCAGGGAUGUACGCUCCUCUGCCAUAUGCUUUGUCUCAGGUAGUUGUGGAGAUACCAUAUGCACUAUUUCAGGCUGUAUAUUACACAGUGGUAGUGUAUAGUAUGAUGAGUUUUCAGUGGACGGCAGUGAAGUUCUUCUGGUUCUUCUUCAUCACCCUUUUCACUUUCCUCUACUUCACCUACUACGGGAUGAUGACCGUUGCAAUGACUCCAAACCAUGAGAUUGCUGCGAUAUUUGCCGCUGCAUUUUACUCCAUCUUCAAUUUGUUUUCAGGCUUCUUCAUCCCAAGACCAAGAAUUCCAAAGUGGUGGGUUUGGUACUACUGGAUCUGCCCAGUGGCUUGGACGGUUUACGGACUUAUUGUCUCACAGUAUGGAGAUUUGGAUGAAGAAAUUCUAGUUAUUGGAGAAGGUUUUAAGCCGAUUAGCACCUUUGUCAAAGAGCGCUACGGCUAUAACCCUGACUUUAUGGGACCAGUGGCCGGAGUUCUGGUUGGUUUCACAGUCUUCUUUGCAGCAAUGUUUGCUUACUGCAUCAGGAAAUUUAAUUUCCAGAUGAGAUGAACAAAUAGCAAGGAGUUCGACAUUUCUACCAACCAAUUCGUGGAGGAAGUUGUAUUGUACAUAAAUACAUGAAAAGAAGAUAGUGUGGGCUGACCCCUUUGCAGCUAGAAUCCAAAGGGUCUAAUGAUUCAGUUACAUUCAUUUUUUUAACGAGCUUUUUGUAUGUGUAAUAUUGGUAAUAAGUUGAAAUUUUUUGGUCGUCGAUCCCAAAUGAAGGAAAUGAAAUGUAAUUUAUACAUGUAAUAAGAUCACCAGAAAUGAUGUCUAA